UAGUAGGUCUUUAGUGAAGAAAAUCAAAAAAUUUAUAUUUGGAAGAAAUAUAGUGUUAUCUAAUAGUCCGUCAUCCGUGGUUUGGAAAAGUGUUCUUCGUCUCGAUUUUCAUCUCGAUUCGAACCGCUUUGGACGCGUGAACCGGAAACCGGGCAGCGACCUUGGCGAACCACGUGGAGGAUCGCCAGGGAAGAGUCGAUCUAGUGAAUGGGAGAAACUGUACGUGUAUUGGAACUGUCUGUGGAUUUGAUAUUAAUCGAUUGAUCGAUUAUUAUCGAUUGUGAGGAUCGUUUGUGCUCGGAUAUCCAGGGAUCUAGUGCCAGGGGUAUAGAGGACAGAGGACUCGCUCUGUUCGCCUCCAUGAACAAUCGGAGGACUUAGAGGACUAAUCGAUCGACCAACUGAAAAGCAAUGUGCGAAGCGGUACCGCGAACUUGGUACAUGAAACCGGAACUUCACUACAGCGCCAUUGGAGUUCCGGCGGCCGCUUUAUCACCCCCGGCCACACUUUCACCACCGAGCAGCCCAAGUGUCACUUCGCCUUGGAGUCCUGGCGCGGCCGGAAGCAGCCUGAGCGCCGCGACAUCCUCCAAUCCUUCCUCGGUUUCCACCACGAGCCUCGUUCAACCGACAACGGACCGUUUCAGCGCUUUCACCCUCGUCUCGACCUGUAAUCCCGACUCGAGACUUCAGAAUCUACCGUUGACCACCACAGCCGCCGCUCGAGAGAUGCGUUGUGGUCUGAUGUAUGGGGGUUACGGGUCGACAGGGACCGCAUGGUGGGCACGACACGUGAGUCUGCUGCUGCCUCAUUCCCUGGUGUCACCCUCGAGGGUUACUAACCAGCAAACCACACCAGUUGCAAAUUGCUCACUUAUCCACCCAGAACCCUUGAACACCUCCAGAACUGGCUCACCACGAAGAUGCACUCCGGAAAAAGCGAAAUUCGAAGAAGAAGCUCCAUUGAAUUUGAGUAUCAAAGCAAACGAUGUAUCGUCCACCAUAGGACGAAAAAGUGAAAUUUGGUCGCCAGGAACGGUAUGCGAGAGAGAAGCGAAGGAAACUAGGGUACCAUCAUCUAGGAGUCCAUCCUCAACGCCUGUAAUCACUCGGCCAAUCCAUCAUUCACCGUUGACACCGCCUUCCUCUUCGGAAAGGACUUUCCAGUGUAAACAGUGCGGAAAAGCCUUCAAGCGUUCAAGCACUCUCAGCACUCACCUUUUAAUACACUCCGACACCAGACCAUAUCCCUGUCAAUAUUGCGGCAAGAGGUUUCAUCAGAAGUCAGAUAUGAAGAAACACACUUAUAUUCAUACCGGCGAGAAACCGCACAAAUGCGUGGUCUGCGGCAAGGCGUUCUCCCAGAGCAGCAAUCUGAUCACGCACAUGCGCAAGCACACAGGCUACAAACCGUUCCAAUGCGGCCUCUGCGACAAGGCGUUCCAGAGGAAGGUCGAUCUUCGACGGCACAGAGAGGGACAGCAUCCAGCAGCACCCGCCCUUGACUAUCGCUCCCUCCAAUUACCCUCGCAGCCCGCCAAUAUUAGACACUCUCCACCCCUGCAGCCUGCCUCCUCUUAUCACAUGAUACCUGUCCCCGGUAACAGUUGAGAUUCUUUAUCAAGUUGAUCGCAUUCACGGAAUCUCCCUUGAAUCUUCGUGCGUCCGUCACUGUUUGCUUCUUGCUUCCCUCUUUGUCUCCGUGUAUCAUUGAGAGGAAGUGUGAAGUAGAAAGUGGUGAAUUGUUGGCAAGUGGUCGAAAUGAAUUCGAAAUAGGUUUGUAGAACGGAAGACAAGGAAUGGAUAGGUAGUUAUGCGAAUGUGGGUCUGAAAUUGAGGAUGAUGGGUCGAUGAUGAUACACUUGCUCGUUGUUUGUUAACAGUUCAAUGAAGAUUGGAUACGAAAGAAAGUAGUAUUUAUUGGAAAUUAAUGUUGGAUACAUUUUAAUGAAUUAUUAAAUAUCCGAGUUAUAUUUGUUUUCGGUAAAAAAGAUAUUAAAUUUUAAUUUUAAAAGAUUAUAUUAAAAAUUAAUCUUAUAGGGAUAUAUAUAAUAUAUUUGUUUAAGGAUAAUGAUACGUACUUCUAUUCAAAAUUUAUCGAUGAAAUAUAAAAAAAAAGGCAUUAAAUAACAAAAAAAAGAGUUUUAUUAUAAGAAAAGAUAAAAGUCUACACAUAAAACGAUAAAAUUGAUUGUAAUUGGUGAUAUUUAAUAUAAGAUUCUAUUUCGAAUGGACCCAUCAUAAUCGAAGAAUCGCACAUUCUAAA